CAUCGGGAAGUGCUGGUUCACUCCGCACCAUGCUACGUCCAUCAAAGGAAUCCGAGCGCAACAAGAUACAACGAAGAUCCGAGCCCAGUGACAAAGAAAACUUGUCGGAAGAUACCUCACGAACCCAAGCCGGGGCUGACAAACGAACGUUCGGACAAAUCAUUGGUGUCAACAUUCCGCCCAUGAUAGAUGAAAGAUUAACAGAGGUGUACAGAAAAUUGGUCGACACCACACCCCUGCCGCGAUUUUUCGACUAUGGGCACAUGUUCGAGUCUUACGUGUGGCGCGCAGUAUUCCUGACCAGCUUCACGCUUGGUAUUCGAUUCGGGAACUUGGACGCAGUCAGCUACGUGCUUCUAGGAAUAUUUGGCAAAUAUCUCAUUUUCCUCCUUACUUAUAUGGUCAUACCGCCGUUUAUGAUUUUCUUCAGUAAGCGUAUGCAGAAAGAAUUAACUAUACACGAACAAAGAAUAAUCCUAAUUAUUGUCGCAGCGCAGCUCGGAGUCUAUAGCAGCGUUAUUAAUCAGCAUUAUGUGAUCAUAGAUACUGCGGCACCGUCAUAUUUUCUUCCGGGACUCGUUGGACUGACUGUGCAGCUUGUCGGCCCUCGCUUCGGUCAUAACCGCAUCCAAUUCCUGGCUGUGUCGGUUGGUUCGGCCUUCACAGCCGGAGUGGUACUUAUGGCAGUUUUCCACGACAUCUCAUUCGCAGCCUUGAUAGGAUUGAUUAUAUCAGCAGUAUGCGCUACGAUCAAUCUUCAGCUGAUGGUUUAUUCCAUCAGACAAGGUGGAAUUGACAUGAUGGGUGGACACAUCACUGCGGUUAUGAUGGCCGUCUACAUGCACCUCGUUUUCAGCCGACUUUUUGGAGAGUACUCCGAAGAAGAGAAGUCGACCCCGUCAGUGACCAAGCCGCUGCUGUACUCAUGAUCAGUACAAUAAA